AUGUCGCUCUCAUUCGACCUAACGGUGUGGGAAAGCGAGGAGUACUACAAGUUCUGGAAAGCUAAGCAAGAAAGACUGGCCGAUGAGGCUAAACGGACCAUGACGAAGAGGACUCUAGACUUUUUCGAAGAGGCGCUUGAAGUAGCCAGACUCCCCUAUCCGAAUCCCUUCUUGCCUUACCAAGCCUCAUGCUAA